CUUGGGACUUCGGCCUCUCUCCUCCUUUCUUUCCGCUCCUCCAGCUUGUUAUCCUCCAACAUGACUGAGUUCACCCCGGACCAGAUUGAGGACUUCAAGGAGGCCUUCGGUCUCUUUGACAGAAUUGGUGACAGCCAGGUGGCCUACAACCAGGUGGCUGAUAUCAUGCGCGCUCUGGGCCAGAACCCCACCAACAAGGACGUCGUGAAGAUCCUGGGCAACCCAACCGCCGACGACAUGGCCAACAAGAGGCUCAACUUCGACGCUUUCCUGCCCAUGCUGAAGGAGGUCGACGCCCUGCCCAAGGGUACAUACGACGACUACGUUGAGGGUCUGCGUGUCUUUGACAAGGAGGGCAACGGCACCGUCAUGGGCGCUGAGCUGCGCAUUGUGCUGUCCACCCUGGGAGAGAAGAUGAGCGAGCCCGAGAUCGACGCCCUCAUGGCCGGUCAGGAGGACGAGAACGGCAGUGUGCACUAUGAGGCUUUCGUCAAGCACAUCAUGUCUGUGUAAGAGGCCGGCAGCUGGAGUGCUGAGGAAACUGCAGCUUGUCUGCAGACACUGUAUCAAAGACCAACCAAGGAAAGACAAGGACUAUGUGCAAGAGAUGCUGAAGCCAACCCAUCUUGUUGUUUAUUUUGUUUUCCUUUCGUCUCUUACCCUCCUCUCUUGGGACGCCACCAGCAACACCUCUCCAUUGUAGACCCCCAUCACUCGGCCUCCACUCCCCCCCGGGGGCGCGUCUCCACUCGCCACAUUGGGGUGAGGAAAGGGGGAGAAGGGGUAACCACUCAUCAAGUGAGGGUAGAUCCCUCCCAUCCCACCACCACCUCAUUCAGUCAUGUCAUCACUGGCCCAGCAAAAGCCAAAGGUCCUGGAGAAGAGCAGUGGAUCGACCGCCAUAACCUCCCAUCUCCCCCGACAAGCGUUAUUUAUUUUCACUCUGUUCAUUUCAGAAUAAACUUUUCCAAAGUACAUCCCAUCUCCACUGAU